UUGAUUCAUCAAGAAUCAAGGUUGACAGUGUCAAUAUGAACCAAUCAAAACUCUCGUUACAAAAUAUACACCAAUCAAUAUCGAUUUUACAUUUAGCCUCAUUUCCAUUUCAACAUGGAUGCCAGUGCAGACAUUGAACUUGAAUCUGAAAACUCCCACUCAUCUAGUCCAAGACCAGCAAGAAAGAAUAUCACACUCAAGUUAAAGACAGAGAAAUCGGCGUCAUCAUCAGGCCGAGGUCGACCAAGAAAGUCAUCAAAAGCAGUGAAGAAAGAAGAUAGUGAUCAUCAGUCAGCUGCAGAGGAUGAGGUGUUAGAUACACCAAUAUUUAAGACCAUGGAACCCGGUGAACCUCUUCACCACAAUAAGAAGUUAAGAUGGGACCACAAGGUGAACUUGCUUGGAGAGAAGGUGGUUGACCCUCUGAUCCAUUGCUGUGAAAUCUGCUCUCUACCAAUCCUUAUCUAUGGUAGAAUGAUACAGUGUAAGCAUGUGUUCUGUUUUACAUGUGCCAAGAAGACAGAGAAAACCUGUACAAGGUGUGGGGAUCCUGUACAAAGGAUAGAGCAGUCUGCACUUGGUACAGUAUUUCUUUGUACAUAUGGAGGCUCGAAACAUGGUUCUAAUGGCUGUAGAAGAACGUAUCUGUCACAGCGUGAUCUCAAUGCACAUAUUGGUCAUAGACAUUUGAAACACGAGAUCAAAGAUGCCAACUUAUCUCUUGCUGCCCAGAAAGCUGGUGCAGUACUAACAGCACCAAAGGUGUCAGUUAACCCAUCGCCCUCGCAGCCUGCUCAGCAGCAGGCAUUCUUAGAGCAGUUUACGUCAGCAAUACGUCAGGUAGCUGCUGCAACAGCUGUUGCUGGACGAGCGACACAGGAAGGCUUAUACUUACAAGGGCAGGUUGGAGGUGUUCAGCACAGUUUGCCUAUUUCUACAUCACACCAACCACAAUUAGCUUCUGGACUUCCUUCCCAGCAAAUGUAUUCACAUGCUGGGUCAAUAAUGCAGAGUUUACCAUCUUCACAACCAAUGCUGUCUCAAGCGACCAUUUCAUCGACAGCUGAUAAUUAUACGUCAGCUAUACCAGUAGUCGGCUCCAGAAUUAAGACACUUAUAAGUGUACCUAUACAAGAUGAUGACUAUACUAAAAAACAACAGACUUAUCAGACUCAUCCGGUAGCUGGAGCAACAAUGCCAAACAUGAACUACCCACCACCAUCAUUGGGGCAGUACCCUGUGGGAAGCAUUGCUCCAAAUAUACACCAGCCACCCCCUGGUGUACCACCUCCUAUGUUUUCAAGUCAAACAAUCCCUAGUUCAUCAUUUACAAGCCGCCACCCGGGCCUGUUUUCCACAGAUGAUUCAAUCAGGGCCACCAAGAGGCCCACCUACAAUGGGUGCAUUACCUGGCGCACCUCGUUUCUUUGACAAUCAAGGUCCACC